UAGUGCUGUGUUCACGGAAGUGCUGUGGAUCCCUGGUUUCCAUGGGUUUCCCUGGAAACGGCGGGGGUCCGGGUUCGGGCUUCGGCCCGUUGCUGCUCCUCGGUGGUUUGUCCGCCGUCUAUCUGCGGACAGUACAGCGCACGGUGCCCGGGGGAGACUCUGGAGAGCUGGUGACUGCUGCUUGCGAACUGGGGGUGGCACAUCCUCCUGGAUACCCAUUGUUCACUGUCCUGGCUAGGCUGGCAAUGACCAUUCUUCCACUAGGCUCCCCUGUUUUCAGAGUUAAUGUUUUAAAUGCUAUGUUGGGAGCAGCUACAGCCCCAUUAAUCUUUGAGACAGCUGGUAGGUUGUCAGAUUCGUACACUGGAGGAAUUCUUGCUGCUGGCCUCUUUGGCUUUUCUCGGUUGGCAUGGCAGUGGUCUGUUGCAGCUGAGGUUUUCACCUUGAACAAUUUUUUUGUUAGCCUUCUCAUGGUCCUGACGGUUCGAUUCAGUACAGCAGCAACAGCACAGGAAAGGUCAAAGCUUUCUCUGUUGGGAGCAUUCAGUUGUGGCUUGAGUCUGUGUAACCAGCAUACCAUCGUUCUCUAUGUGAUGUGCAUCGUGCCCUGGGUGUUGUUUAGACUACAAAGAGAGAAGGAGAUAUCUGUGAGGACCAUGCUGAAGUUAGGCCUGUGUUUUGGAGCUGGUCUGCUGCCUUAUCUUUAUCUGCCCGUUUCAUCUUACCUGAAUCGAGCACGUUGGAGCUGGGGAGACCAGACCACUUGGAGAGGCUUCACCACUCACCUGCUGCGAGAGGAAUAUGGCACAUUCAAUUUGGCUAAAUCGGACUCUGGUUCUGGACUGCUGCAAGUAUUGUGUUUUCAGAUGGCACAAAUGAAGAAUGAACUUUCAACAAUUGGAGCAACCUUGGCACUCACUGCCAUCCCACUGCAGGGCUUUAAAAGGAACUUUCCUCAGCGUUCAGUGUUGUGGCUGUUCACUGUCAUGCUCUGCUCCUAUUCCUUGUUCUUUUCCUGGAGAGCAAACCUGGACAUCAGCAAACCCCUGUUUGUUGGAGUGAUUGAAAGGUUCUGGCUACAGAGCAAUUUGGUGGUUUGUGUCCUGGCAGGCUGUGGUCUAGCUUCAGUCUCCUCAGUAUUACGGAGAAUAAUGGGUAAUAAUGCACUGUGGUGCUGGGCAGAGUGGCUCUUUGUCAUCAGCCUCGUUGCCUUUCAAAUCCAUCUGAACUACAGGAUAUGUGACCAAAGUAAGAAUGGAGUUGUGGAUAAGUUUGCCAGAAAUCUGUUGGGCAGCCUGCCCCCAAAUGCAACAAUCCUGGUUCGUGGAGAUCUCCCAGGAAAUUCCCUGCGAUAUCUUCAUUAUUGUGAGGGACAAAGGGCUGACCUUAGCCUAGUGGAUCAGGAGAUGAUGACGUAUAAUUGGUAUUUACCGAAACUAGGCAAGCACCUACCACAUGUCCAUUUCCCAGGGAAUCGCUGGAACCCCAUAAUCCGAAAGGAUUCUGCUGGGAUUGUGACAUUCAACCUGCAACACCUAUUCAAUGAGAACAGAGACAAGCAGAUCUUUGUGUGUAUAGGACUGCAUGAAGGAGACCCAAGCUGGAAGUACAGUUACUCUCUCUGGCCUUGGGGGGUCUGUGAGAAGCUGGUUCACUCUACCAGUCAAUUCAGCCCAGAAAGUUGGAUCCAACACACUAAGAACUUGUACAACUGGACAGAGGAAUAUGGCAGGUUUGACCCAGCUUCUUGGGAAGCUAUCGCAAAUGAAGAAAUGUGGCAAGCAAGGAUGAAGACUCCUUUUUUCUUAUUUGAGUUAGCUGAAAAUCCACAACAAACAGAGGCAGUGAAGGUGCAGCUCUAUGUGUUUGCCUAUCAAUUAUACAAGGAGCUAGUUACGGCAAAAUCACACCCAGUUAAUUGGCACAAAAAUUAUGCCAUUGUGUGUGAGAGGAUGCUGUGGCUCCCUGCACGGACUGCUGCUGGUGUGGACCCAGAAUUUCUCCUGUCAGAAGCUAUCAAGCAUUUUUCACUCUACGUGGCCAAAGCACCAGAAGACCCUCAGAAAAGUGCCAUUGUUGAGGUUAUCAAACACCUACAAAAGGAACGAGUAAGAGCAGGAACCAAGUAGAAGAUAAGCAGUCAGACGUUGGACUAAUGUUCUCCUAAGUGAUGAAGGAAAUUUGCCCAAUUUUGUUACUCAGCAGAGAAGUAUCCUUCUGAACAAUUGGCAAAUACUCAAAAUUGACAGACCACUUAAUAAAGCCAGAAAAUCUACAAGUUAUGCAGCUUACUUGGUUAAUGAAUCCAGUCUAGUUAAGUUGCAUUGCAUGUGGCUGAGUGGUACCUGGAUGACUGGCCUCAGGUUCACAGCUGACUGGUUUGUAGCGAUUUAAUGUACAAUGUCUUUUAUAUCCUGGGACUACUGGCAAGAGCAGUUUAGAAUUUUACAAACAUGUUCCUUGCAGUAUAGCAAGUUCUGUACAGUCUACACUGGUAAAAUGUCAGUAUGAAUUAGAAUUAAUAGUCUGCCAUUUAAUAAGAUAAUGGCUGAUCACCUUCAUCUACUGCACUAACAAAGGUCCCAAAUUCCACCAGUUACCACAUACUUGAAUGCAUUGCUCCACUGUGUUAGCCUAGCCCUCUGGAUUACUACUGGUCUGGUGGCUUCACAAUCUGCUGGUGAAUCUAGGUAAUUAUUGAAAAGUUAAAUCCAUAUGUUUGGUGUGGACUGGUUGGACCAAAGGGUGUGUUUCUGUGCUGUAUGACUCUAUGGGUGGGUCACCUGUUUUAAAAAAAAAAAAAAUUUAACUCUGGUAGACAAAGGUAUGGCGUAGAUGUCUCUUUUUUUUGUUAUUGGGCCCUGAUGUCCCAACUUCAAUUUUGCAGGGAUUCUGAAGUUAAGGGCACUCUUUCUCCUUAGAAAUUCCAUUUACAUUCAUGUUUGAAUCAAAAUGGAGGUAGAAUCGAUAAUCCUCCACAAACCUAACCUGAGUAUCAGUAUCUCUUGACAGCACUACUGAUUACCUAUUGAAAAUUAAGUGAACAGAUGGAAUGUUUAUUGACUGGAUUGAUUUGUUCUUUGUUUUGUGGAUUAACGCAAUAUCCCAUCGUAUCCAGUGAGUACCUCUGAGCCACCAAGCAUGGGUUCCAAUCCCACAUCGUCCAGAAGUGUGUAAUAUCAUUAAACAGCUUGAUUAAAAAUAUCUACACAGCCAUCUUCUCAAUUUCAAAUAAAACCUGACUUUGUCCAUAUUCAUCUUUUGAAAUGAUCACUUAUUUUAUGAAACCUCCAAGUAUUUAUUUUAGUCUUAUACGAGCAACAAUUGAACAGAUACCUAUUUUUUCAAAAAACCUAAAACUAAAAAUCAUGACAUUGAAUCCUGUUUGAGUUUAGAGUCCUGAAUCAAAUGAGAAAUGAACAGGAUGUGACUAAUGAUUUGUAUCAAACUCUGUACUUCAUAAUAUAUGUAUGACACAAUACUCCAAUUUGUAUAGAAAUCUCAUGUCAAUUUUGCACUGACUCUAACAUGAGAAUAAAACACAUUGUGCCUCCCUAAUCCA